AUGGGUUCCGGCCUAUUUGAAUAUCUUCAUAUUUUGGAACAGCUAAAAUCAUACAGUAAUGUUCCAAAAACGUUGAUAUAUUCCUUGCAGUCAUACGCCGUGUUCAUAUAUCGGUCAGAACAGCAAAACAAGUUCAGCGAACCUAUGCCAUGGAUUGGGAUCUAUAUCACCUUCGCCUCUCUGUUUUGCAUCCUUUCAAUGGUGGCUGAUUUAUUACAUGGUUUUAGGAACAGAAAAUUCUGGUUUCCAUGUAAAUAUUUCACUUUGAAUGCUGCUUCUCUCACUGUGAUAGCUGUUGCAAUAAAGCUACCCAUGGAUCUAACUAAUCUGAUGCCAGACCGGGCUUCAAAGCUUGGAAGCCUCUCCUUUAUGUGCACUAUGAUGGCUAAUUUAUUGCCUUCUUUAGCCACCAUGAGCAGCAAGGAACUUGUAUCAAACACCAUCGCUUUAGCUGUCCUCGUAAUUACCUUGGUUGUGAACGUCUGCAUUCAAAUUAACACCGGAGUUAUCUCCUAUUAUGAAGACGAUGAUCUAUUCUUUUAUAACACCGAUCACGCAGGAAUUUCACAUUAUUCCAUGUACACAGCGGGUAAUGGAUUCAUAGCAACACUUUAUGUGGGUAUGUUACUCGUGUUGCUUAUAAUAUAUGCAUGUUCAUCUUUAGCAAUUCUAAAAUCCAAACAGAUUCUAGAAUCGAAAUACCAAGUGGCUCAUCAGAAAGCUUUAAAGAUCAAUGACGACUUCCAACACCCAGGAAGAUUAACUAUUGAGAAGCUAAAGCAGCAUGUGAGCAACUACUGGAUCAUGGCAGGAACCGGAAACCCCCAGUUCAUGAUAGUUUCCUCAGCAACAACCUCUGCUUCUGGGGCAAUAUGCGCCUUAAGCGCUGCCUUCCACACUGUUAUUAUGUUUUUCAGUAUUCCAGCUCCAAGGACCUCUAAGUCGGAUUAUAAGUGGUCAUUGUCAGUGAUUCUCAUUACUCAAUUCAUCGGAAUCAUAUUGGGUACAAUUGCCCCACUUUCUAGAUGUUUUGCAGCCUUAAGCUUUAAGGUGUCUCUAAAAUGGAUUGUGAACCAUAUCAAGGUGUCUAACGUGGAGAGCUACUGGACUCAGAAGUUAUAUGAUUGGAAAGAGAGUAGCAUACCAUUCCCAUACAGUAGCCGCAAAUGCAAGUUCGUCAUCCAAAGUUUGAAAAAUCUAUUUCUCAGCAUUUGUAUUGGAUUCCAGAAAACAGUCGUGGUGGCAUGCAAGAUGAUAAGAGUAAUUCUAAUUUUCUUUGUCAUAUGUGUGGUGUACUGUCUACGUUGUUGGAAGUUGUUAAAGGACAUGUUCAGUGCCUCGAGUAUUAACUUGGUACAAAAUACUGAGCAACUAGAAGAAGAUAAUGAUCUUAGCGGAUAUGUUUUGCAACUUCAAGAUGAUAUGGAGUUUGCUGAGAGAACACUAAAACAAAUUUCAAAAUCUGUGAACCGCUUAAUCCAAAAGGCUGAAAAACAACAGCCCAAGAAUCUUAUGAAGCUUCUAACAGAAUCCAGAGGUUUUGAAGGAGUUGAAAAGUUCGACAGCCAUCAUGUUCCGUCUUUACUUUCAGAAGAAUAUCUCCGUUGUUGGAGCUUGCCCCUGGUAACUCUGACAACCAUUGCCAUGUCUCUUCCUAACAUCCAAAAGAACAUUGUCGAUUGCUUGUUGAGUGGUGUGAGUGAAGGUCUUGUAUAUGUUACACUUGUGGAAGAAAGCCUUAAUAUUACCGAUGAUCAUGCAAGCAUUCAAAAGGCGGCUAGAACUUUGUGGGUAGAAGUUGAAGUAUACCACAAAUGGUUAGGAAACAAGCUACUAAAACCUACUCCAAAAGCAAAUACAGCUGAACAGAUUCUUCAAUGGUUGAGGGAUACAGGUAAAAACAUUGUUAGUGACAUGGAAAGGACGGAUCAUACUGGAGUCCCAAAUGGUAAUUCCAAAUGCAAGUCUAUUUCUGCUAAUUCAAUGUAUCGAAUCAGUGAAACAAUUUUGUGCUCCUAUCAUGAGAACAUAAGUCAGGUUAGCCAGGAAGAACUAUUUGCAGAAUUAUUAUCAAUGAUUUCUGACAUUUUGGCAGCUUGUCUCACAAACUUACCCCAAGUCAUAGCAAUGAAAUGUCACACAAGUGCCAUAGAGAAAAGGGAGGCAAGUGUGCGUGCUGCAGCCCAACUUCUUGGUGAGACUAUGCAGAUAAUUUACACCCUUCAAGAUCGAGAACUUCCAAGCUUGAAUCCAAACGACAUGGCGUUUAUUGACAAGUGGCGUUCUUACUUAAUGGAUCCUUGUCCUUAA